CCAGGAAUUAUUGAUCUGUCCUAGAAGGACAGGCGUCGACUAACAGUAUGUUCCCCAUGUGCUCAGUGGGGUCAUCUUGGAAAUGAGUUGGCCAACCCCCUUUCUGCCUUCUUGUCAAACCACAACUCUGAAGCUUGGGUAUAAUGAUGACCCUGAUGAACCUUGUGUAAGUUGGCAAAGCCCUUCAAGGCAGUGUAAGGUGUCGUUCUUACUGCAUGCCCACCAUGACUUUCCUUAUUUGCCUUUGACCAAAUCAUCGUUCCUUUGGUUCCAUAAACAGUCACUUUGAUUUACUAGAAAGUUCAUGAUGCUUUAAAAGAUUGAAAAUUACCAAUGUGAAAUUGAUCAGAUGAUUGACAAGAACCUGCUAUCAAAUAAGUAUCCCAGAACACAAGUCUUUUUAUAGAGCUAAGACUUGGCAUGUUUCACAUCAGAAUUUAUUUUCUGUAGAUUGCAUUAGAAAUAUGUAUUCCAUACCCUUGUAACAGAGGGGAAAAAUAUCCAUGACAUGCCAGAGACUGACAUGCAGAACCUUCCAUGAAACUUGUUUCAACUGCUGGAGUUCUCUGAAAUUAACCCGGGACCUAACGUUUCUCCUUCAUUGUCAGUUGGUUGGUGGUUCAGUUCUUAUAUUCAAUAUAAAGGUAACCAGCUGGUCUAAUAAAAAUUCAUUCUUCUAAAAAAUAAAAUGUCCAUAUAUCACUAAGAGCCAUGUGGUUUUAAGUUGUUUACUGACAUGAUUUCUUUUAGUCCCACAGGAUCUCAUGUAGAGUGGUGUAAACAGCUUAUAGCUGCUACAAUUUCUAGUCAGAUUUCAGGUUCAGUGACAUCAGAAAAUGUAUCCAGAGAUUACAAGGUCUUCAGGAGGCCUGACAUAAGGAGCAUUCAUAAAGCAAGACAGAGAUCGGAGAUUCAGGAAGAACACAAUGGCUGCCCUUCCGAGGAGGCCCAACCUGAGCAGGCUCUCAGGGAUGGGAAUAAGCUGGCACAGAUGGAAGAGGCUCCCCUUUUCCCAGGAGAAUCCAUCAAGGCCAUUGUGAAAGACGUCAUGUACAUCUGCCCGUUCCUGGGAGCAGUGAGUGGCACCCUAACAGUGACAGACUUCAAGAUGUACUUCAAAAAUGUAGAAAGGGACCCACAUUUCAUCCUGGAUGUUCCGCUUGGAGUCAUCAGCCGAGUGGAGAAGAUUGGCGCGCAGAGCCAUGGAGACAACUCUUGCGGUAUAGAGAUUGUGUGCAAGGAUAUGCGGAACCUGCGACUUGCGUAUAAACUGGAUGAACAGAGUAAACUGGGGAUAUUUGAAAACCUCAGCAAACAUGCGUUCCCUCUUUCCAAUGGACAGAUGCUAUUUGCAUUCAACUACAGAGAAAAAUUUCCAACUAACGGCUGGAAAGUUUAUGAUCCAAUAUCUGAAUAUAAGAGACAGGGUUUGCCCAAUGAGAGUUGGAAAAUAUCCAAAAUCAACAGUAAUUAUGAGCUCUGUGACAGCUACCCUGCCAUCAUUGUUGUGCCAACGAGUGUAAAAGAUGAUGACCUUUCCAAAGUGGCAGCCUUUAGAGCCAAAGGCAGAGUCCCUGUGUUGUCGUGGAUCCACCCAGAAAGUCAAGCAACAAUUACCCGGUGCAGCCAGCCACUUGUGGGGCCGAAUGAUAAACGCUGCAAAGAAGAUGAGAAAUACUUGCAAACCAUCAUGGAUGCAAACGCUCAGUCCCACAAGCUCAUCAUCUUCGAUGCCCGGCAGAGCAGCGUGGCCGACACAAACAAGGCCAAGGGUGGAGGGUACGAAAGUGAGAGUGCUUACCCAAAUGCCGAGCUCGUGUUCUUGGAAAUCCACAACAUCCACGUGAUGAGAGAGUCCCUCCGGAAGCUGAAGGAGAUUGUCUACCCAUCCAUCGACGAGGCCCACUGGCUGUCCAAUGUGGACGGGACGCACUGGCUGGAGUACAUACGGACGCUGCUCGCUGGGGCUGUUAGAAUCGCUGACAAGAUCGAAUCGGGGAAGAGCUCAGUGCUGGUGCACUGCAGCGACGGCUGGGACCGCACGGCCCAGCUCACGGCCUUGGCCAUGCUGAUGCUGGACAGCUACUACCGGACCAUUGAAGGCUUCGAGGCGCUCGUGGAGAAGGAGUGGAUAAGCUUUGGCCAUCGGUUUGCACUGCGUGUGGGCCACGGGAAUGACAACCACGCUGACGCAGACAGGUCCCCAAUAUUUCUCCAGUUUGUUGACUGUGUGUGGCAGAUGACAAGACAGUUCCCGUCCGCUUUCGAGUUCAACGAGCUGUUCUUGCUGACAAUCUUGGACCACCUCUAUAGCUGUCUCUUCGGUACUUUUUUAUGCAACUGUGAACAACAACGGUUCAAGGAGGAUGUAUAUACAAAGACUGUAUCGUUGUGGUCCUAUAUCAAUAGCCAACUCGAUGAAUUCUCUAACCCCUUCUUUGUGAACUAUGAGCACCACGUGCUGUACCCAGUUGCUAGCCUGAGUCAUUUGGAAUUAUGGGUAAACUACUAUGUACGAUGGAAUCCACGAAUGCGACCUCAGAUGCCAAUCCACCAGAAUCUCAAGGAGCUCCUGGCUGUGCGGACGGAGCUGCAGAAGCGGGUGGAGGACUUGCAGCGCGAGGUGGCCGCACGCUCCAUCUCGUCAUCCUCGGAGCGCGGCUCUUCGCCUGCGCAUGCGGCCAGCCCGCUGCAAACGUCAGUCUGAGGCCUCAGGCCAGCACCUUGCGGCCGCCCGACUGGCCAACCGCUGCGGCGGAGCUCAUGGGCUGGGCUUCAGUCCUGUGGCCUCCAGCCGCGGGCCGCCCAUGUGGCUGGCCGCCAAUUCCACCCAAGUCCCCGUGCCAGUGCAUUUUGUUUCGUCAGCAGCCUGUUCUUCUGUCGCCAAUAGCUCAGCCCCGUGAGCCACCUCCUACGGUCAGGCGGCUUUGGUGCCAUUAGAGUGAAGGAGUGCAAUACUCUGGGUAAAGGGCAUUUUCCAGCCAGAAACCUUCCCUCCAAACCCCAACCCGCUUCCCACAGUGGCGGUCCUGGCUGCUUGCAGCCCUGCCACAACCUGAGGACUGCUUCCCAGGUACCUGCACGCCCGGCCUGCCUGCCCGUUACUGCUGUGUACAGAGAGGGUAUUUUUAAAAAGAGAAACAAGCCUUUAUUUUCCUAUGCCCCUUUUUUAUGUUUAGGAUAGUCAGCCGGCCGGGAGAAACCGGUCCCCAAAAGCUCCAGUCCGUUGGGGUGAGGAGCGUCUGUAACCAGGCUGCCAUCCUGCCACUUAAACUGGCCGGGGACCCUCUUGCUCUGGGAUGGGAAACCCAAAGCUCUCAGCCUGCCUUCUGUCAGAGCAGCUCUUCCAGCAGGCGUGCACGCAGCGACGCCCAAGGCCGCCACUGUGUGCUGGUAGCCGCUGCUCGAAAGAGCAGAGGAUGGCUACCGCAGGGCUCAGUCGCUCCUGCCGGGGCUAGAGCUCCCAGUACUGAUGGUUCCCUUGUUCCCGAAGAACCCCACUGCCAGGUUACAGCUCGCCCGGGGCAGGCCACUCAGUACCGCCCUCCAUCGUCUCAAAUGCCUAGGUGCUUCGAAGUACAACUUGCGAUUCACCUGGUUCUGAGAACGUGUUCUUCAAAAGAACUUUGCAGGCAAAUGCUUAGAACCUUCUAUGAAAUCAGGGCUCCAGGCUUCCCGCUUCAGUUGUGUGCUUCCAAAUCCUAAAUGAAUUGAACUGAGCUUCCAAUUUGUGCUCCAAACACAAAACAAAAGUGUAUUCAUUGAUAAAUUUGUUUUGUUUUUGGGGUGCUGUGAAACGCAUUUUCUCAGCCAGCUGCCCUCGUGUGGUGACAGCCCAGAGCGAGCUAGCCUGCUGGGUCUGGCUGAUGGGGCAGGGUUGCUGGGCACACAACCCCCUCCCACACACCAGGCUCGCUCCAUGAGCAUCCUAGGCCCUUGCAAAAACAACGGGGUGCAGUUUGGUUGCUUACACCAGUUCUUUCUCUGGUGUAUUCAAAUGUACGAGAAUGGAAAGCCCUCCCGGUUCAGGUUUUUAAAAAGCUGGUACAGUCUUGUCUUUGCCUCAUCUGAUGCACUGUUUCGAUCUCUAAUUAAAAUGAUACUGUUUGCUCCUG